AUGUCACUUAGAAACAUUUUACAAAAUGGUUUUGAAAUUGAAACACAACCGGACGCACCGGAGGAAAUUAAAAAUUCUCUCAGUUUCGAAGUUCCUUUAAAUAAAGAGAACAAUAUAGUAUAUUUUCCAUACCUAGUAAAUCCUCCAAAAGCAACUAACGUUCAAACAAGCAUAUCAGAAUGUAACAGUUAUAUGGAAGACGAAAGUGCUUUAGAGAAUUUAAUUGUCGCUGAAACUGCGAAUUUCUUAAAUCAUUUGGCAAAUGAAAAAAGGCCAGAUCCAAAAUUUUAUGCGAUAACAAGACUAGGAACCGCACCAGGCCUAUUCGGUGCCGGUGUUUCGCCACCGGCAGAGAUUAUAAAUAAUCAAACUACUAUCAAGCUGGAGGAUAAACAAACUACAAGCAGCGACUAUGAUAUGAGUAUAGAUGAAGAUUCCAUUAAAGAUCCAGUAAAAAGUCACUUAAAAGUACCAGAAUCAAAACCAAAGAAACGAACCAUAAAGAAUAAACUUUCAGAUACGAGCAAAAUUUCUAAUAAAGAAUCGGCUUCAUUGGAGGUGCAAAGACUCAUACAAAAACAUAAACGUCGUAAAGAGAAAAAGCGCAUUAAGGAUG